GAGCUACCUCAGUCGCCUGCCAGCCAGCGCUCGUCCACAGUGUGUGUGUGUGUGUGCAUGUUUUAGUCUGUGUCUUAUAGUUUUUUUUCCGUUCCUGUAUUGACCGUACAAGGAGUAUAUCCAUCUACUAUCUACCCCCCUCUUGUGCGUUGAACCGAUGGCUCCCAGUACCGCUACUAAAGCAAGUCAAACCUCGUCGUCACAGGCGUGUUCUGCCGUCUCCCUGGAUUACGUCUGGGCUCCCUCACAGCCACAGUUUAUGCAGAGCGGCAGUCUGGCCCUGACUCAGGAGCGACUCCGCCUCAAGAUGGAAGGGCUUGUUAACGUCAAUAUGGACGACCAACGGUUUGCUGUGUUGAGCUACGACCAAGUUAGACAACUGAACGACGUCUUGCACGAGGUGGUACCCAUUCAUGGUCGUGGCAACUUCCCCACGCUGGAGAUUCGGCUGAGAGACCUGGUCUCCAUGGUAAGGAGCAAGCUGGAGGCAGACUCCAUGACUGUCAGAGACAUACGCAUCAACGGUGGAGCCGCCUCGCAUAUCUUAGCCACAGACAGCGACCAGGCCUAUAACGAUCUUGAUCUCAUCUUUGCCGUUGACCUUUGUACGCCUAGGAACUACGACAGGGUGAAGAACGCAGUGUUGGAGGUGUUGCUGGAUUUCCUGCCGGAGGGGGUGAGCAAGAAGCGAAUGUCUUCCUGCUCCAUGAAGGAAGGGUAUGUUAACAAGAUGGUCAAAGUCAACGAUACUGACCGCUGGUCUCUCAUCUCGCUCUCCAACAACGGCGGCAGAAACGUCGAACUCAAGUUCGUAGACAGCAUGAAGAGACAGUUUGAGUUUUCUGUAGAUUCCUUCCAGAUCGUUCUAGACUCGCUGCUCCUGUUCUACGAGUGCGCAGAGAUGCCCAUUAGCGAGAACUUUUACCCUACUGUGGUCGGAGAGAGCGUCUACGGUGACUUCCCCGAGGCACUCUACCACCUGCAGAAGAAGUUAAUAGCCACUAAGAACCCAGAGGAAAUCCGUGGGGGAGGCCUUCUAAAAUACUGUAACCUGCUCGUUAAGGACUACGAGCCCGCUCGACCCGAGGAGAUCAAAACACUGGAGAGAUAUAUGUGCUCUCGCUUCUUCAUCGACUUCCCCGAUGUGACCCAGCAACAGUCUAAGCUGGAGGCGUAUUUGUGGAACCACUUCGUGGGUCCUGAUGAAUCUCUACGCUACGAGUACUUGAUGGUGCUUCACAGAGUGGUUGACGAGUCUACGGUCUGUCUAAUGGGUCAUGAGAGACGCCAGACACUAAAUCUCAUAGACGAGCUGGCAUGUCAGGUCUUCUACACCGAGCAACAGCGCCUCUACGUCAAGCAGCAGCACUGUAGCGGCAGCAGCAGUAGCAGCUCUAGCAGCAGUAGCAGUUACGACGUGCACAUAGCCCCUCCUCCGCCCGUUAUCUACAGCAAUGGCUACUACUACGCCCCUAUCGUGCCCGCGCCCGCGCCGCCACAGCCCUACACGUGCACGUGCGGGUGGUUGCAGUGUGCUUAAUGCACGUGCGUACCCGGGCCCCACGGGUUCGAGCCCCUCCGGGUCCGUUAGUGCCAAGAGUAAACACUGGUGACGCUGUGGUUGGUGGGGUGGGCGAGCCCCACUACGGCGCCCCCACCAGGACACUAGACUGACCCCACACUGCUCACCCUCCACCAGAGACUGUGAAUCAGGCCAGUCGUGGCGGCAGUAGUAACAGCAGCAGGAAAAGCAGAAUGCAACGGCGCUGACGCUGCAGCAGGAGGUACAACUCCUAGGUGCUGCUAUCGCUGCUGCUGAUGUUAUUGCUGCUGCUUGUGCUAACCGCAGCGUCACCGCCCUUGUGAUAUGUACAUGAUUUGUGUGUAGUGCAGUAACGAGUCUCCAGGCCAUAGCCACACAACAGUGUCCGUUUACAUUAGCCAAAGGAGUAUUAUUAUUUCAUUAUUGGUCAAUUCUGGACACAGUUACCAGAAGUCGCCACCACGCCCAAACACACCACCAUUCCUCAAGCCUCGCCUAGUGAGCCAAGGUGAACCACAGGUAUAAUAAUCACUAGAGAUGGAGCGCUGGUUAUGCAGAGACCAAGUUAGUAAAAGCUCUAGAAAUUACUUCCAUGACACUAACAGCAUUCCUGCCCUGAACGAGAAAACUGAAGAAAAUGGUAAGUGACAACGGCUUGGCAGUCAGUUUGUGAAGCGGUGAUUGUGUAUUCUGUCAAGAGUGCCUCCACCUCUCCCUAUCCCUUCCUCCACCACACUGGAGGGAAGCUCUGGCAUCUCCUCCAUACCCCCAUUCUGCUCUUCGGCACCUCUAUUACGACUCCUUCAGCAUCGAGCGAACACCCUGGAGGUUGGUUCCACGUUGCGUCGUCUACGAGAUCGCGCACCACCACCUCUGAUCUACGCUUAGGACCCACCUGUUCACGACACUCCCUUCUUAACUGGAGGCUUUGUGUCCUGGUGGGUUCACAGCAUAGUGGACGAACACUGCCCAUCUCCCACAGUGAGGUCACAAGUGAUGACUUCAGGGAGCACCCUCUUCCCCCUUCCUACGAAACUUUGGCCAGUAGUCUACAGAGGACGAGCAAGGCCAAGCAGGAUCAAAUAUUAACUUCAGAUCUACCCCAGCAACUGAAAAUCUACGCUGCAACGUCUAGAAAAUAGGUGAUGCUAUGAUGUCACAAACCGCUUUCAGUUCAGAACGCUGAACACCAUCCAUCAACCCCCCCCCCCCCUGCCAAACAUGACUGCUUCUAAGAGUACUUGUGCGAUGAUUGAUAUAGUGAUACGUUUUAACUUCAUCUCCUUCCCUCCUCCUUUCACCUCUCUCAUUAAGUAAUCAAACACGUGAAUAUGAAGGAGGGAGAAUGGAGGAAUGAAGAACUGUGGUGGAGGUAAAUGCAAGACCCGGAACCAGAGGACGCCACAUGCAACCCCACCAACACCAUCUGUGGGAAGAAAGUGUAACUGUUACUCUCCAAGUGUUUGAAUUUGCAUCAUGUUCCAAAGUUUCAUUUCUUGGUGCUUAUGAAUUUUCUCCAUGCCAUUUAUAUGUAAACAAAAUCUGAAUGUUAGUUUUUUAACAUGGAUCAAUUAGAUACAUAAACCCAGUAAUCUUUUAUCUACAUAAAGAUUUGUCAGUGUAGGUAGAAUAAUUCAACAUUUUAACGAGGUAGCUAGAGGGUUUUAAAUAUAAAUAUAAAUUUAUAUUAUAUAUAUAAAUUAUAUAUAUAAUAUAAAAUUUAUAUUAAAAUUGUCUAAGUUGGUACGGUUUACUAUGUGAAUGCUAAUUUUAAACUUGUGGUUUAGUGUUUUGUUUUAAGUGUUACCAUGGCUUAAUUAUAAGGUUUAAGGAGCCCUCUUGUGUAGAGUGGCUUUAACUUUUAUGCAUCUCCAGUUUAUCUGAGCCACUUGUGAGUAGAGCAUGCUGUGAACUUUGGCCUGGUUUAUGUUCACCAGAUCACAUUUUACUAAGAAAGAUUACCCGCUAUUUACUUGGGUUGAUCAAAAAAGAUUCUUGUGAUGAAUGGUUUUUGAUCUUGGGGCAAAUUUUCGCUGGCUAGAGGUUUGAUGUUUACAGUUGGUCGGUUUUUGAGGUUUUCAUUGGCAAAUGCUCGAUAUUUACAUUGGCCAGUCUUUGGCAAAGGUUUGUUCAGUUCACUUUGGUCAAGAGUAUAGAGUAGUUUAGCUGUGGUGUGUGUAUCUGUGGCGUGGUGAGGCCUCCAUCAUAAGCAGCAGUGGGUGGUUCUCUUGAGCUUCCCACAUAAUACCAGGGGGUUAUCAUCUCUUAAUAUAUAGAAUCCCUUAAUAUUAUCCUAAUAAUUAUUUGUCCAGUGGUGUAAAAGUCCACGGGCGUCUGAAGCCCAUCUUUACGAAGGUACAAAGUUCUAGGUGAGUGAGUGAAUGAAUCCUCUGCAGGUUGUUAUGUAAGUAUAGAUAUAUCGCCAUCCAUUAAUAAAGAUUAGUUUAAUUCAUAUGCUGUGUGAAUUUUGUGAAAGUGUGUAAACGCUGAGUGAGGUGUGAUCUUCGUAAAUGCAGUUUGUGUCUAA